AAAUAAAAUUUAAUUAAUCCCCAAAUAUUUUCAGAUUGCCCGUCUCGCAUCUCGCCUCACUCUUUUUUCUCGCAGCAACAACAGUACCGUCGUCCCUUACAUCGUGAGCCACCGUUUUUGGAGAUUCGGUUCGAUUAUUAGUCCUAGAGUGGGUUCAAUAGCACGUCGGGUUGGGAUAGCGGGAUUCGCGUCCGGGAGCACCACUACCAGCAAAUGCGUUUUCCCGGUCGGUGGCGUUGCGGCCAGCCCCUCCACCGCACCGGGAUAGCGGGAUUGUGCAGGAUCCCGCCGGGAUUGACAACAUAUUCCGGAACAUAUCAUCAAAUUAGACAAGAUAUUAUGGCCGUACAUUCUGGGUCAGGUUCAUCAGAGAAGAAAUCAAGCAAUGGAGUGAAUGAGUUGCUGGCUUUUAAUGCUGAGAAUAUGCAAAGCAACAUGAAAAUUAUCUAUUACAGUCGAACAUUUUUAUCUAUAAUUGGCGGAGUUGUUGCUGGUAUUUUAGGAUUUACUGGCCUGAAAGGAUUUGUAUUUUACUUACUUCUCAUGGCAUUUACUUCCCUUGGGCUCGUGGCCAAAGCAAAAUUUUCAAUCCACACAUACUUUGAUUCCUGGAAUCGUGUGCUAGUUGAUGGCUUUCUCGGUGGUCUAAUGGAUUAUAACUUUCCUUUUUUUGAACUUGUGCAGUCGUUCGUGCUGUUCUGGACAUUUGCAUAUGACAUUGCUCAUAUAUUUUGACUGCCGGAAUGUGCAAAUGCUUCUAGAGAAGACAACUUUUUCUUCACCAUUGGGGCUAUUGAUCCUUUGCCAGAAUGCAGUUACAACUUACUCCUUUCACUCAAUAGAGAGCUUUCCGUGAUGUUCCCGUUUUUAAAGUGUUAACUUGACUUCCAUUAUCUUAUAUAUGUUCAUGUAUUAUUUAAAAUAGAACCACAAGUGGGAAGGACGCAUUUUGUCUUGGGCCUGUUGUGGCUGUCAAAUUGUCCUAUAGGAUAUGUUUCUUGAAGUUUAAUUUGUGAUAUAGAUUUCAAUUUUGCUAAUUUUAUUUCAUUAUUAUUCUGCUUUCUUGUUCGAGGAAAAAAGUUUUGGUUGACAUUGUCAUGUUUAAGCUUGAUUUAAAUGAAACUUGUUUGCUUGGCAGUGGUUAUAA